AUGGAUCAGAAGAGUCCUGGCAUUUUGCCCUCUCUCUUGUUGCACAACAGUCUUUCAUUCAAUUUCAUCACGCUUAUACUGUCUUUGAUCAGCGCGUAUAUUGCAGCAAAACAUGUAUACCUUCUAACUUUGCAUCCUCUUGCAGAGUUUCCAGGGCCAAGGUUGUGUUCAAUCAGCCGAAUCCCAUAUUGGCUGGCCACAAUCCAAGGAAGAGAUGUACAGUGGAUGUAUCAACUCCACAUGAAAUAUGGACCUGUUGUUCGAUUUGGACCAACCGACCUUAGCUAUGCUACAGCACAGGCAUGGAAAGAUAUCCACGGACACAGCAAGGGCAGACUGGAGAACAACAAAGCACCAGAAUUCUCUGUGCAACCUGCCAAUGGUAUGAUAGCUCUACGUGUCCCAAGUAUGUUAAACGCCACUUUCGAGGACCAUGCGCGAGUUCGCCGGCUCUUCUCGCCAGCUUUCUCUGACCGUGCACUUAAAAAGCAAGAACCCCUGUUCAAAGCAUAUGUGGAUAUCCUAUUGACAAAGCUGGUUCAGAUUGCAGACAGCCAGCAACCUGCUGAGUUGACGCAACUCUUUAAUUUCACCACUUUUGACACUAUGGCUCAACUGUGCUUUGGCCAUUCUCUUAGCUUACUAGAGAAGAAUGAGCUCAGCCCUUGGGUUCGUUCUGUUUUUGAGUCACUUAAGAUGUUGCCCUUUGCAUCAAUUAUCGCGUACUACCCCCUACUAGACUCAAUGUUUAAGCGCUAUGAGCCUAGAUGGGUUACAGAGCAACGAAAGAAUCACUGUCAGUACUCAGCUGACCGCGUGAAUCAACGUUUGCAAGAAGGUUCUGAUCAGCCUGACAUCUGGAAUCUUAUUAUCUUGGCACAGGACUCUGAGAACGCCCUUUCGAUAGAGGAGAUGCAUUCCAACGCCGAACUGUUCAUGCUAGCUGGGUCUGAAACCACAGCUACUUUGCUAAGUGGUCUGACAUAUUAUCUGCUCCAGAACACUGAACAAUGCACACGUCUAAAAAACGAAAUUUGUACAAAAUUUCAGUUGCCUGAGCAGAUGACAUUCGACAACCUUGCUCAAUGCAAGUACCUAAACGCUUGUUUGAAAGAAGGUCUCCGAAUCUACCCUCCAGUCCCUAUUGGAAGCCCUCGCGUUGUCCCCACAGGCGGCCAACAGAUCCUUGGGAAAUGGAUACCAGAGGAAACUAGGGUAUCAGUUCAUCACUAUUCCACCUAUCGCUCCCCAGCCAACUUUCAGGAUCCUGACCAAUUUAUCCCAGAGCGGUGGGUGCCUGGAGAAAAUGCCACAUAUGCAAACGACGUGCAUGAUGCUUUGCAGCCAUUUGGAUGGGGCCACCAGAACUGUCUUGGUCAGAAUAUGGCCAUGCAUGAAAUGCGGCUUAUACUUGCUUCAAUUAUGUUAUGCUUCGAUCUGGAGCUCUGCAAAGAGAGCCAGGGCUGGCUGGAACAGAAGUCCUUUGCGCUAUGGAUGAAGAAUCCUUUGUUAUGCAAGGUCAAAGCUCGUCGUACGGGGGAGGUUGUGGGAUGA